UCUUCUCUUCUGUUCUCUUAUCUUCUCUUCUUCAUUUGGGAAAGACCUCAAGAAAAGAGAAAUGGUGAAGUUCUCUAAGCAGCUGGAAGCCCAACUGAUUCCAGAAUGGAAAGAUGCUUUUGUGAAUUACUGGCAACUGAAGAAAAACGUGAAGAAGAUAAAGCUUGCGAGAAACAAAAGACCAGUACUAGAAAUCUCAGAGGAAAAUGAUGAGUAUGGCUUCUCAAUAUUGGAUCCCAUUCGUUUCAUUGCCAAGAAGCUUUCCAAUCGAUUCAGAAAUGGUGAUCACAAAAGCGAGAUACUUCAGGUGAGGAGUAUUAACAGAGGAGAGGGAGAUGAAGAAGAUGUCUACCAAACAGAGCUUGCACAGCUCUUUUCCGAAGAAGACGAGGUGAAGGAGUUCUUCUGGAGAUUGGAUGAAGAACUAAAUAAAGUGAAUCAAUUCUACAAAACCAAAGAACGUGAGUUCGUGGAGAGAGGAGAGAUGCUCAACAAGCAGCUCCAAAUACUCCUCGACCUCAAGCAAGUCCUCAACGAGCGUCGCUGGAGAAAUCUCCAAUCCAAAUCGGAUUCCGGUACUCCCCCUCGCUCAUCGUCGGCUUGGAGCUCCGACUAUUCAGGGAACGUUACGGAACUAGAGGAGACACAAUCUGAGACCUCAACGACGGAUGAUGUGAUUGUAGCGUUUGGGAGGAAUGGUGUAAACCUUAUCAAUGCGUCAACGAGGACUAAGACAAAGAAGGGGAAGCCAAAGAUGGCAGUGAGGAUUGAUAUCCCGGCCACAACACCGGCGAGAACUAUCACGGCGGUCACGUCGAUGCUUUGGGAAGAUCUGGUGAAUAAUCCUAAGAAAGAAGGUCCAGGAGAUUGCAUUAACAGGAAGAAGAUCCAGUGUGCUGAGAAAAUGAUUAGAAGUGCCUUUGUGGAGCUCUACAAAGGGCUUGGCCUCCUCAAGACUUACAGCUCAUUGAAUAUGUUGGCUUUCACGAAGAUACUAAAAAAGUUUGACAAGGUAGCAAACCAACAAGCAUCGACAAAUUAUUUAAAAGUGGUGAAGAGGUCUCAUUUUAUCAGCUCCGACAAGGUGGUAAGAUUAUCAGAUGAAGUGGAAUCCAUCUUCACAAAGCACUUCACCAGCAAUGAUAGAAAGAAAGCAAUGAAGUUCCUGAGACCUCAACUGCAGAAAGAUUCUCAUAUGAUCACUUUUUUAGUAGGUCUGUUCACUGGUUGUUUCGUGACGCUUUUCACUGUUUAUGCAUUCUUGGCACACUUGUCGGGUAUGUUUUCAUCGAGACGGGAUGCUGGAGGAUACACGGACACUGUCUACACUGUUUUCAGCAUGUUUGCAUUGCUUAGCUUGCACAUGUUCUUGUAUGGGUGCAACCUUUUCAUGUGGAAGAACACAAGGAUCAAUUAUAACUUCAUUUUUGAGUUCUCUCCAAGCACUGCUCUCAAAUACAGAGAUGUUUUCUUGAUCUGCACCUCCAUAAUGACUGCAGUUGUCGGGGCCAUGGUUGCUCAUCUCAUCUUGAGAUCCAAUGGUUUCUCACCAAGUCAAGUCGACGCCAUUCCCGGAAUUCUCUUCCUUUUCUUCAUAGGCUUGCUUAUAUGUCCGUUCAACAUUUUUUACCGAUCGACCCGGUACUGCUUCAUCCGGAUUAUCCGUAACAUCAUAUGCUCACCAUUAUACAAGGUAUUAAUGGUAGAUUUUUUCAUGGCUGACCAAUUAACUAGCCAGAUUCCAUUGCUGAGACACAUGGAGUCUACAGUUUGCUACCUUCUUGCAGGUAGCUUCAAAACUCAUCAAUUCCAGACCUGCCACUCUAGCAAGACAUACAGGGAGUUUGCUUAUGUCAUUUCAUUUUUACCAUACUAUUGGAGAGCUUUGCAGUGUGCAAGAAGAUGGUUUGAUGAAGGCGACGUAAACCACGUGGCGAAUUUGGGGAAAUAUGUAUCAGCAAUGGUGGCCGCCGGCGCCAGAAUAACAUUUGUGAUGCAGCCUACCUUGUUUUGGCAAAUAAUGGUCAUAGCUACCUCCUCUAUAGCAACAAUCUAUCAGUUAUAUUGGGACUUUGUUAAGGAUUGGGGGUUCCUCAACCCUAAGUCCAAGAACCCAUGGCUUAGGGAUGAGCUUAUCUUAAAGAACAAGAGCAUCUACUAUGUCUCCAUUGUCAUAAAUCUGGUUCUAAGAUUAGCUUGGGUGGAGACUGUCAUGCAUUUUAGUCUUGGAUCAGUUGAGUAUCGGUUCAUGAACUUUUCCUUAGCCUCACUCGAGAUAAUCCGACGUGGGCAUUGGAAUUUUUACAGGUUGGAGAACGAGCAUUUGAACAACGUUGGCAAGUUCAGGGCGGUAAAGACGGUACCUUUACCGUUUCGUGAGACAGAUUCAGAUGGGUGAAAAUCAUCAGCCAUAUAUAUUGAGAUGUACAGAAGUCCCAAGACAUGAAGAAGUCACUCAAAGUUGGUGGCAUUCUCUCUAUGAGAAUGAAGCACAUUUACUUUGACAAUGGAACUGCCUUUGCUCAUCUUCAGCUGUGUGUGAGGGAGACUAAACCGCAAGGUUCCUAACUAAAGUGAAAGAUGGGCUAUGCUACUUGUUUGUCUUGUUGAUAUCUUUUGUACAUUAAAUCAUUUCUUCAUGAUUUAAUUGUAAUUGUCAUUAAAAUAUUCAAGAGCAAGUGUUCCUAUAUAUAUAUAUAUAGAGAGAGAGAGAGAGAGAGAGGGCUACUCUCUUUUUCUUUUCUUUUCUUUUCUUUCUUUCUUUGGGUUGAAUUGGAUCCUCCUGUUUCUGAAAGGAUCUCAUGUAAAACACUUAACUUGUUUGCCCACAAGAAAGUUUGAAUUAAUGCUUACUUACUUGCUA